CAUAAGCAACACACAACAACAACUAAAAAAACCACUCUUCAUCAUCUAGGAAAAAAAACAUCUCAGAUCAUAAAUCAUCAAUGGCGGAUUCGUCUCAGAAGAAAAUCAGAAGAAACGCAAUAACACAUAAAGCAUGGAGUCUCGUGAGGAUGGCUCUUCUAUGGGGAAGAAAAGGUGGAGUUUUCAAAAGAUGGCCAUUGUUCGAACUACGUAGCUUGUUCUCCAAGCAUCUCAAAGCCCUAGCUCGUCAUCAUAGCAACGGUGACCGUUAUUACGGAGAACGCCAGCUUUCCUUUGAUGAAACGCCGUUAUUUAACGUCAAGAAGGAGAUGCAUCGUCCUACUACGUCUAUGAGGUUCCUCCUCCUUCCCUGCAUUGCUCCUCCAUUAGAUCUUGACUAUGACUUUGAAAUGGAUGGUCAAGAUUAUUCCGAUGAGGUUACUUCGUACGGUUACGAUGAAUCUUACUCGGAAGAAGAGAAAGGGGUGGAUGUGAGAGCUGAGGAGUUCAUUGCUAAGUUCUAUGAGCAGAUCAAGUUGCAGAGACAAGUCUCUUAUUUGGAAUACAAACAACACAACGACGCCGUAUCGUUAUAGAUUUAUGAUGAUAAUUUUAUUUGCUUAUAUGAAUGCAGCUUGUUUUUGUAGAUAA